CGUGACUCUGAUGCUUAUCAACAACGCGUGAAGAUUGCAAUAAGGAUCCUCCCUGGAAGGCGAGGAGGAGUGACUUCCAGGGGGUUGGGAGGAGGUGGAGUGCAGCUCUCGCCUAUAAGGAGGUGCCCAGCGCCUGGUGCCGCUUCUAGCCGCAGCUCGCGAGGUGCAUUGCCGCGGCGGCAGCCGGGCUGAGCGCUCGGCUCGGGCGCUGCCGCCGCCGCCGCUGUUCGGAACGACUCCCCCCACCAGGGCCGCCGAGCGGCGUCUCUCGCCUGCUCCUGCACCCGGAGUGCCUGGAUGCUGCAUGGAGUAAAUGAGCGGAGAAAAAGGGAGAGCACAGAGGCUGAGAAGCACUCAGAGAGCGAGAGCAGGGGAGACAGGUGUGCGUCUGCUGGCUUCCCCCCGCUGGGCUGAAGAUGGAUUCCCCAGCCCUCGGGGCUGUCGCUCUGCUGCUCGCCGGUUUUUGGCGCCUGGGAUUAACGGCGACAAAUUAUAAUUGUGACGGUGCAUUGGUGUCUACCUUACCUUCAUCAGCCUUUACCAGUUCUUCUGAGUUCCUCAGUACUCACAGUCCCAGCUUUGCGAAGCUCAACAGGCGAGAUGGAGCUGGAGGCUGGUCCCCUCUGGACUCCAACAAGCAGCAGUGGCUCCAGGUUGAUCUUGGAGACAGAGUGGAGAUUGUUGGGGUCGCUACCCAGGGCAGGUAUGGGAGCUCUGACUGGGUAACCAGCUACACACUGAUGUUCAGUGACACCGGUCGCAACUGGAAGCAGUACAGAAAAGAUGACACUGUUUGGGUUUUCACAGGAAACAGCAAUGCUGACAGUGUGGUUCACCACAAACUCCUGUACUCCAUGAAAGCUCGCUUCUUGCGCUUCAUCCCUCUGAAGUGGAAUUUUGGUGGUCACAUAGGGCUGAGAGUGGAGGUCUUCGGCUGCUCUUAUAAGUCAGAUAUUGCAGACUUCGAUGGCAGAAGUUCCCUCCUCUACAGGUUCAAUCAGAAGCUUAUGAGCACGUUCAAAGAUGUGGUUUCCUUAAAGUUCAAGAGCAUGCAGGAGGAUGGAGUCUUAUUCCAUGGAGAAGGACAACGAGGAGACUAUAUUACCCUGGAACUACAGAAGGGGAAGCUCUCCUUGCACAUCAACCUGGGGGAUUCCAACCUGCACUUCACUAACAGCCACACAUCCAUCACCCUGGGCAGCCUCCUGGAUGACCAACACUGGCACUCAGUUCUCAUAGAGCGCUUCAACAAGCAGGUGAACUUCACAGUGGACAAGCAUACUCAGCAUUUUCGAACGAAGGGGGACUCGGAUCACUUAGAUAUUGAUUACGAGCUCAGCUUUGGAGGCAUUCCUGUCCCAGGGAAACCAGGAACCUUUCAGAGGAAAAACUUCCAUGGCUGCAUUGAGAACCUCUAUUACAAUGGAGUCAAUAUAAUUGACCUGGCAAAAAGGCGCAAACCUCAGAUCUAUACUGUGGGGAAUGUGACCUUUUCCUGCUCAGAACCACAAAUUGUUCCCAUCACCUUUGUCAACUCCAGUAGAAGCUACUUGUUACUGCCUGGAACUCCUCAAAUUGAUGGGUUGUCAGUCAGUUUUCAGUUUCGAACGUGGAAUAAAGAUGGCUUACUCCUGUCCACCGAAUUGUCUGAAAAUUCAGGAUCUCUUUUGGUUUAUCUCCAUGGUGGGAGAUUGACACUUCUUAUUCAGAAAAUGGCAGAAGACCCAGUGGAAAUCAGUGAAGGCACCAAUCUCCAUGAUGGGCUUUGGCAUUCACUUAGCAUCAACGCUAGAAGACAUCGCAUUACCCUGACACUGGAUAACAAUGCUGCCACAGCUAACCAUGCAACCACUGUCUCAAGAAUUUACUCAGGGAACAGCUACUAUUUUGGAGGGUGCCCUGACAACUUCACUGAUUCCCAAUGUUUAAAUCCCAUUACUGCUUUUCAAGGCUGUAUGAGGCUCAUCUUUAUUGAUAACCAGCCCAAGGACCUCAUUUUAGUUCAGCAAGGCUUCCUGGGGAAUUUUAGUGAUUUACACAUUGAUCUGUGUGACAUCAAAGACAGAUGUUUGCCUAACUACUGUGAACACGGAGGAAAAUGUUCUCAGUCCUGGACCACCUUUUACUGCGACUGUAAUGACACGAGUUAUAUGGGGGCAACCUGUCAUAACUCCAUCUAUGAACAAUCAUGUGAGGCUUACCGGCACCAAGGGAAGACGUCAGAUUUCUUCUACAUUGACUCUGAUGGAAGUGGACCACUUGGACCGCUUCGGGUUUUUUGCAAUAUAACAGAAGACAAGAUCUGGACUGCAGUGCAGCACAACAACACAGGGCUAACCAGAGUUCAAGGAGCUGGUCCAGAGAAGCCCUACACCAUGUCCUUUAACUACAACAGCAGCUCAGAGCAGCUUGAAGCUGUGAUAAACAGUGCGGAGUACUGCGAACAGGAGGCAGCCUACCACUGCAAAAAGUCACGUCUCCUCAACACCCCGAAUGGAAUACCAUUUGCUUGGUGGGUUGGACGUGCCAAUGAAAAGCAUCUUUACUGGGGAGGAUCACUUCCGGGCAUUCAGCAGUGUGCAUGUGGACUCGAAGAAAGUUGUCUGGAUAUGAGAUAUUUUUGCAACUGUGACGCAGAUAGAGAAGAAUGGACAAAUGAUACCGGCCUCCUUGCUUUCAAAGACCAUUUGCCCGUAACUCAGAUAGUGAUCACUGACACAAACAGAUCAAAUUCUGAGGCUGCUUGGAAAAUCGGUCCUUUGCGUUGCUAUGGAGACAGGCAGUUCUGGAACGCUGCUUCCUUCAACACAGAGGCUUCCUACCUGCACUUCCCAACCUUCCAUGCUGAGGUCAGUGCAGACAUCUCCUUCUUCUUCAAAACUACGUCUCUCUCUGGAGUAUUCUUGGAAAACCUUGGGAUGAAAGACUUCAUACGAAUUGAAAUAAGAUCCCCCAAAGAGAUCACCUUCUCCAUAGAUGUUGGAAAUGGCCCCGCAGAAGCAACCGUGCAGUCUCCCACACCCCUGAAUGACAAUCAGUGGCACUAUGUCCGAGCAGAGCGGAACCUCAAGCAAACCAGUCUCCAGGUGGACAACCUCCCUGAGAAGGUCCUGGAGGCACCUGCAGAGGGGCACUUUCGGUUGCAGCUCAACAGCCAAUUAUUUGUAGGAGGAACAGCUUCCAGACAAAAGGGCUUUUUGGGAUGCAUUCGAUCUCUGCACUUAAAUGGACAGAAACUUGACCUUGAAGAAAGAGCUAAAAUGACUCCUGGUGUUAAACCUGGAUGUCCAGGGCACUGCAGUAGUUAUGGUAAUCUAUGCCAUAAUGGAGGAAAAUGCGUGGAGAAGUACAAUGGGUAUUCUUGUGAUUGCACCGGCUCAGCCUACGAAGGGCCCUUCUGCAAAGAAGAGGUUUCUGCUUUAUUUGAAGCUGGCACUUCUAUUACCUAUAUUUUCCAAGAACCUUAUCCUGUCACAAAAAACGCAAGCACUUCAAGUUCUGCCAUUUAUGCGGAUGCCAUCAUGUCCAAGGAAAAUAUCGCAUUUAGCUUUCUUACGUCACAUGCUCCAAGCCUUCUGCUGUACGUCAACACCUACUUUCAUGAAUAUUUGGCUGUGAUUCUUUCCAAGAAUGGAAGUUUACAGGUUCGAUACAAGUUGAGUAAGGAUGGACUGCUCAUCUUCACAAUUGACUCUGGAAAUUUUGCCAACCGAGAGAUGCAUCAUGUGAAGAUAAACAGAGAAGGCAGAGAGCUCAUCAUUCAGGUUGAUCAAGUUAUCAAACUCAAACACAACUUUUCUGAGAUUGAUUUUAAGGCCAUCAAAUCUCUUACUUUGGGCAAGGUCACAGACAGUUUAACACUGGACCCUGAAGUCUCAAAGGCAAAUGCCUACGGUUUCACUGGCUGCAUGUCUUCUGUUUGGUAUAACCACAUCGCUCCCCUGAAAGCUGCCUUACGCCAUCCAAGCAUUGCUCCCGUGACCGUCAAGGGUUCCUUGACCGAAUCCAGCUGCUCAUCCCUAACGGAAGCAGAUGUGAACACAGCAACCACCAUAUAUUCCUCUUCAGAUCCAUUUGGGAAGACAGACGAAAGAGAGCCUCUCACCAAUGCGGUCAGAAGUGAUUCUGCUGUGAUUGGAGGUGUAAUAGCAGUUGUGAUAUUCAUCAUCUUUUGCAUCAUCGCCAUCAUGAGCAGAUUCCUCUAUCAGCACAAACAGGCACAUCGAAGUAGCCAAACAAAGGAGAAGGAAUACCCAGAAAAUCUUGAGAGCUCUUUUAAAGCUGACAUUGACUUGCAGAACACAGUGAGCGAGUGCAAACGAGAAUAUUUUAUUUGAUGGACAACGCAAUUUCUUUUUACUCUUACUCGCCUGAACUUCCUUCCUCCCUUCCUUUCUUCCCCCUACUCUUCCUCCCUUCUCCCCCCCCCCCCCCCCUUUUUUUUUAAAUGUUCUUUUUCUUUUUUUAUUUGGGAAAGAUCACCCUGCAAAACAAACACUGACAACAAUCACAGUGCCUCAUUCUCUGCAUAACAACCUGGCAAUCGCAGUUUACUUCUGCGGCUCAAGAGACCUGUUAUCCCACUCUAAACAAAGUUAGAUCCACACACUCACCUAGUUUCUGCUGCGACUUCCUGGAUGUUCUGAAGUCCCUACUUUAACUCUUGUUAAACUCUUGUGUUUGUUGCACUGUGUUGUUCCCCCCCCUCCCCCCGCUCUUCAACCAGUUAUUUCGUCACACUUACAAUAGAGCUGGACUACGUAAGUACAUAGCUCCAUAGAUCCUGGGACAGCAGAGAGGGAAAGAAUGAGACCAAACCACCUGACUUACUUCACAGGCUUAUUUAAACAGCCAUAACAAACAAGGACAAUUCUCAAAUGAUACAAACAGACAUAUCUCAAUUGAUUUCAGCAAUCACAUUAAUUUAUACCAGUUGAGUCACCAAUAUGAGGUAACAAAAAAAACCAAAACUGUCUUUCUUAUUUAAGCUCCUCCCCCCGACCUCCUGUCCUUUUACUGUAACUUUUAGGCUUACUGAUUCUUUUCCAAGAAUAUAUGUAUCAACAACAAAUAUCAUUCCUGUACACCUCUUUCACCGCCAUCUCAUAAGGCUGGCUUUGUAGACCCAACAUACUCUAGCAUAUCUCUAGCUGUAGCAUGGUAAAUAGUAGCUUGAAUCUCCAAGGGUUUUAGGAAGCUGCUAGGACUUAGGUGCACUAUAUUUGUCUGAAACGUUACAAAUGCAGCAUAUGUUCAUGACAUAUGGAGGAUUAUCACAUGCUGAGGUUAAACACUGUUACCACUGAGGCAAAUAAAAUACACAAAAGGAAAAGUAGAAAUAGUUUUAUCUUAAAUGUUAUUCACCAGUAAUUAAAAUAAAAAUAAUUAGAAACAAUUUCAAGUGCUCAAAAAAAUCCUGCAAAAACUGCAUGAAAGAUUGAGUGAUAGUUCUUUGUACAACAGAGGUUUAACAUUAUGUCUUAAAAGGUUAAUAUUUAAUCAAGCCUAUGAAAUCUGUGAGAAAAAUCCCAAAUGCUACAAUUAAGACGAACAGUAGAGAAGAUUAAAGCCUUCUGUCCUUUCCUGACUAGGAACAAUACCGAAGGCUCAAAUCCUGCCCAUUUUAAUUGUUCUGCAUAGCUUUAGUAUGAGCCUUUUUAGUCAUAGAUGUUGUAACACUAGGGAAUUGAGAAGUCCCUCCAAGGUGAGGUUUUUCCACACCUUGCCUAUUUUCUUCCCAGGGCUGCUGAAGAGUAUUUAGAAUUUGCUGUCAGACACCUGCAUCUGUGUUAAAACCGUUUCAUUUAGAGCAACCCCUGUGUGUGCUGACUCUGACAACCUAAUGUUCUUAAUAAGCUUUACGAAGAACAGAACAGGAAGGAAGGGAAAGCAUACAGGUGCUUUUUUCUCAUCCUGUAAAACUAUCUUUCUCCAUUCAGACUGAUAGACACAAGCCAUCCUUCUGCUUUGCUACACGUUAGUUCGUAGGAAUGAAAAUACUACAAAUUGCAACUAUAGAGUUCAAAACACAGCAGAAUACCUGGAGAAGGGAUGCUAAGCAAUGAAACAGUCCUCUCAUUUUUGAAGUGACUAGAUUGCUUUCAGCCAUCAGAAUUGGAUUCUGCAAGACGCUUAAAUUUCUCAAGGAGGAUCGAGUUCCCAUCACCAAAUGUAGAUACUAGCGUUGCUUUACACAUUUCAGAUAAACUUCAGUGGCUUGGUUCUGGGAGAGGUGUAAGUGGUAUGCUAUGUGCAAGCACAGAACAGGAAUACAGUGUGUCAGCUUGAUUUAUUUUCCUUUCCCUCGUUCAUUAUAGUCUAGACUGGUAAAACUUCUUGAAAGUUUUGCUACAUCAGUGUGCUUCUGUAAAGAAAAAGAACUGCACAUACAUAAAUGCAUGCACAAGUAUAAGGAAACACAUGCAUCUGUACCCAUGGAUGUAGUGAGCGUGAAUGUUUAUAUGCUACAGAGCCGGAUAAAAGAACACUUCUGUAGAGGCAUGCAUAUAAGAUCCUGCUUUUAAAUCAGGUUGCUGAUGCUCUAACUAAAAAAAAACAAAAAAAAACAAAAAAACAAAAAAAAACCACCUAAAUAGGCAAGAAGAUAAACCCUUCCAAUAUUUAUUUAAUUUGCUUAUUUAUUUUAUUGCAGUGCUUUCUAUAGUGAAGGCAUCAUUGGUUUACUUUAGUAAAAGUUAGUGACAAUUAAAAUUAUAGAAAAUAAAUAUGAUUUUUCAAAAAUCUCCCAAUGUUAAGACUGCCUUCAUUUUUCACAGUUCAAAUUAAAUCACUCCCCUCCCCACCCCUCAAAUUGCAAACUGCUCAUGCUAUUUUUAUUAAAAGGGCUUUAAUCCAAAGGUGGGGGGGGGGGGGGGGGGGUUCUUCCCUGUUUUCUUUUACUAUCAUCCUAAGUAACAGCUUUCAGUAAACAUCAAGAAAAAUACUUUGUAUGUAUACAAUGUCAGGACUUAUUUUAAUAUAAAGCCAAAGAGCACUAGAGGUUUUUGGAGUGUUUCUGUUAGGGAAAAGAACAGAAACUAUUCCACAAGAAACGCCUCAGAGAAUACAAGGGGAAAUUGGAAGGACCCCAAAACCCUUUUUUUUUUUUCCCCCCUCCUAGAAUUCUGUAACCUCUGAAAAUUAUUUCUUUCCUAGGUAUUUUUAGGCUACCAAAUACCGAGAUACAGAUUUAGGCACUGCAAAUUCCUAUUUCCCAGAAAUGACUUAGCCAAUAAUAGCCACACUUUGUGCAUCUGCUUUGCUGUGAGAUGUUUUAAGUACUACAAAGCAUUUAAGGACCUCUGAAAGUUGAGUCUCAUUUCUCUAUUAGAAAUAAAGCAUUAGUCCAAAUAACCAGCAGUGUAAUCUGCAGUAAGAUUUUCCACUGUCCUUAUUUAUUAACUGGAGAAAGGACUACAAGUGUAUUUUUAACAUGCAUACCUCCUCCCCCCCCCCUUUUUCUUGUCAUGGCACUACAAUGAAGACUAAGCCAAUCAGGAGACAGGCUGUUAACUCAGACUAACUAAACUCAUUUGGGUGAAAUUAGCUUUAAAAAAAAAAAAACAAACAAAUUACAAAAACAACAACUAUUUAGAGCUAUGCUAAGAUUAACUUCAAUCACAAGACUCCCCUAACAAUUAGUUACGUUAAAAUAGAUGACCAAAAAAAAAAAAAAAAAACA